GCUCUGAUCAUCAUCCUGGAAAAAAAUAAAGCUUAGCUAAACAUAAUUAGGAGAUGAUUCAAAACUAAGAUUUUCGAACACAAAAAAUUGAUAAUACUCUUACUUCCAUACAGUUGCAAGAGAUGGAAAAAUUUCGGCGUUGGCACUUGGCUUUAAAGCGUUCUUUGAAGCGUUGAAUAAAAGCUUUGGAACCACACGUCCGACGCACGCCCGAGCCGGGGGCAGUAUGGGAAGGCGGAAACCGCACCGAGCCGCUUCUCGCGAGAGGAGAACGCCACGCGCGCCCCGUCACGGUGGAAAUGCCCGUUCUACCCCUGCUCCUCGUGUGUGUACUAGCGCCCCCCCGGGCCCCGUCUCUCGUCACGCUGCAGACAAGGACCUACUAGUCGCGCGUAGGCCGUGUGACGGCGUGACACCACCACUGACCACCCCCUCCUCUCCUCCCAGUUCGUCUCCUCCACUCCUCCUGCAUCACCUCCACUCGUCGGCGGCGGCGGCGGCGGCGCGGCGCAGUGCGGUGCCUGCGUUGGAGGAGAGGGCGGGCCGCCGAGAGGUCGGCAAUGGCGGCCGGUGGGUUGGCGUGAGGCAGGUGGGAUCGGUGGUGGUGGGGAGGGAGGAGAGGUGGGAGGUGCGGGCAUGGAGCGCGGGCCGGCGAUGGCUCCGGCGGCGGGGACGGGGUCGGGGCCGGGGACGGUGGUGGUGGGGUCGGCAGCGGCGCUGGCGGCGCAGGAGGAGAUGCGGUGGCGGCAGCUGGACAGCGGCGUCAGCGCGGUGUCGUUCGGGUUCGUGGCCACCGCCAUCCUCGUCUCCAUGUUCCUCGCCAUGGCCAUCCUCGAGCACUUCCUCCGCUCCCCGGCCCACCGCGGCCACGCUGGGAUGGGGCCGCCGCCCCCGCACCCGCCGCCGCCGGGAGGGAUCCUCUCUCGCCUCCGCCUACUCCUCCACCGCCGCGGCGCCGGCGAGGCCGCCUUCCCUGGCGGCUCGGAUCUCGAGGCGGCCAGGAAGCUCGACGGCGGCGCGUCCCCCGAGAUACCUGUUUACGCCAAAGGUGUCUCAGUUUUAAUGCCAGGACACGAUGUACCAACAUUCAUCGCUCAUCCUGCCCCAGCACCCUGCCCUCCAGAAAGGGUCCAGUGGCCCUCACACCAGCCCACUCCUUUUGCUGGUUCCUCAUCAAAUCCGAGCUAGUAGCAUUCAAAUGCUAAAUGCCAUCUGCAUCACAGCGAUCCGCAAAGUAAUUCUUCUGUUCUUCUCUGGCUGUAUUUCCUGCCUCUCCAGCAGAAUUCAGGCAGGUUCUCUCCACAUAUGUACAGGUCUUGUAUCUUUGUUCUAAAGCAAGUUCUGCUGCCCCUGCCGUAUUGUGGCGGGCGAGCAGCCGGCGGAUCGAUGGAGUUGGCUACCGAUCCCACUUGCUCUGCUAGUGUUAGAUGCCUUUGUUUUCGCUGUCGAUCCUACACCUUUCUUUGCUAGAUCCCCAAUGGAGGGAAGGAUGGACUAUACACAUCUUGUAGAAACUCUGUCGGGGAAUGUGAAGCUAGCUGUUAAAGCCAUUCUUGUUC